GUCGUCAUCGCGUUGAACGAAUAUGGGACCAAAUACUAAACUUUUAAUUACUUUAUUACACUUUUAGUGAAUUGGUCAGAAUAUUUAUGACUUCUUCAAAUGGGGGGACUAGAUACACAAAGUGCUUCAUUUCUAAUUGGUGAAACAGAUAUUUAUGAAAAAAACCUCAAAUGAAAAGUGACAUUACAUACUGUCACCUCAUAUGAAACAUUUGAUCUGAAAUUCAAAAUGCUGGAUUAUAGAGCCAAAUUAAAAUGUUGCUUCACUGUCAAACUAGAUAGGAUGUGGACUGUGUACUCAAUACAAUCUAAAUCUGAUACCUCACUGUCUGUCUUUUGACUGAUACUGCUUUUUAAACUGGUCUGGCCAGUCUACUCAAAUAUUUUGUACAUUAUAUUUUUCUCUCUACAAGCAAUACAACAAUUUGUCAUUUAUAGUAACGAUACAUUCAUUUAUGAAUAGAUAUGGCAGGUUUCAGGACACUGAUAUAUCUAAUGAAAAGAAUUAGCGUUGUCGUUUUAAAAUUAUUUUACUCUUUGCAGGCUGUUACUCUGUCUAGUCACAGAGGAAGGCUGUGCUCCUCUGGUCUCAGCUCUGAGGUCAAACCCCUCACACCUGAGAGAGCUGGAUCUGAGUAACAAUGACCUGAAGGAUUCAGGAGUGAAGCUGCUCUCUGCUGGACUGGGAAAUCCACACUGUAAACUGGAGAUUCUGAGGAUCCAUUUUGAGACGACAGAGCAGAAAACACUAUCUGGAGAGAAGUAAUAAUAAAGGGUCAGUGCUCUAAAAUGAGUCUCUCUGGGGAGAGAGAGGAGGGGGGCCCUGCCUCUAAAAUGAGUCUCUCUGGGGAGAGAGAGGAGGGGGGCCCUGCCUCUAAAAUGAGUCUCUCUGGGGAGAGAGAGGAGGGGGGCCCUGCCUCUAAAAUGAGUCUCUCUGGGGAGAGAGAGGAGGGGGGCCCUGUCUCUAAAAUGAGUCUCUCUGGGGAGAGAGAGGAGGGGGGCCCUGUCUCUAAAAUGAGUCUCUCUGGGGAGAGAGAGGAGGGGGGCCCUGUCUCUAAAAUGAGUCUCUCUGGGGAACAUGACACCAAAGCUAAGAGUCCAAUCAAGCAGGAGAGACCAGCUUCCCCUGUACCCAGCUGUGUGUCCAUGAAAAGUGACCAAUCUAUGAAUCCUCCUAUAGUGUUUAAAGAGGGAGACUUUUCUAUUGAACAAAGCAACCAACAGGAGAGAUCAGAGUCAGAGAUUCUCAGUGCUCAGUCUUCCCAGAGUCAUCAAACAGACCUGGCCUCCAUAUUCAGUUUGCUUGAAGAGAAUAUUAUGACAUUUGUGAAGAACGAGCUGAAGAUGUUCAAGAGGAUUCUUAGUCCAGAACUCCCAGAAGGCUUUGAGUUUCAGAAGCAGGAUAUGGAAAUGGUGGAUGCUGAAGAUGAGCAGCAGGAGAGCAGUGCCAGAGAGGGGGCUCUGAAGAUCACACUGCACAUCCUGAGGAAAAUGAACCAGAAGGAGCUUGCUGACACACUAGAGAAAAAUUCAGAUGACCUUGCUGUGAUUUGCCAAGGUGAACUCAAAUCUAAUCUAAAGAAGAAGUUUCAAUGUGUAUUUGAGGGGAUCGCUAAACAAGGAACCCCAACACUUCUCAAUAAGAUCUACACAGAGCUCUACAUCACAGAGGGUGGAACAGGAGAGGUCAAUAAUGAACAUGAGUUGAGACAGAUUGAGACAACAACCAGGAAACAAGUAAGACCAGAGACUGCAAUCAAAUGUAACGACAUCUUCAAACCCUUAACUGGACAAGACAAACUUAUCAGAACUGUGCUGACAAAGGGAGUCGCUGGCAUUGGAAAAACAGUCUCUGUGCAGAAGUUCAUUCUGGACUGGGCUGAAGGAAAAGCAAAUCAGGAUGUCCAAUUUGUAUUUUCAUUCCCUUUUCGGGAGCUGAAUUUGAUGAAAGGGGUAAAACACACUUUGAUUGAACUUCUCAAUCACUUCUCAAUGGAAACCAAAGAAUCAAGAAUCUCCAACUACAACAAGUACAAAGUUCUGUUCAUCUUCGAUGGUCUGGAUGAGUGCCGACUGCCCCUCGAUUUCCAGAAGAACAAGAUAUGUUGUGACGUCACAAAGUCAACCUCAGUGGAUGUUCUGCUGACAAAUCUCAUCAAGGGAAAUCUGCUUCCCUCUGCUCUCCUCUGGAUAACUACCCGACCUGCAGCAGCCAAUAAGAUCCCUUCAGGGUGUGUUGACCAGGUGACAGAGGUACGAGGGUUCAAUGACCCACAGAAGGAGGAGUACUUCAGGAAGAGAUUCAGUGAUGAGGACCUGGCCAUCAGAAUAAUCUCACACAUAGAGAUCAAGGAGCCUCUACAUAAUGUGCCACAUUCCAGUCUUCUGUUGGAUUUCUGCAAUAGUCCUUGAACACAUGC